AUGUCUGCUCCCGAAGGCGCCAAGCCGCCCCCAACCUACGAUGAAGUCAUGGGCAGAGGCAGCUCGGCGGCGCCCCCCCUCGCGCGCCGCGAGCGUAACGGCAUCCCACCUGAGGACCGGCGCAGCAUGGAAGACGAGCGCCGCCCCUUACCCGAGGGCUGGGUGCGCUCGUACGACCCGCAGAACGCACACCAGUUCUUCGUCGACACGCGCCAGGAUCCGCCGCGCUCCAUCUGGCACCACCCGCUCGACGACGAGACGUACCUGAACUCGCUGGACCCGGCCGAGCGCGAGCACGUCGGCCGCCUGCGCCGCGAGUGGAGCUGGAACGACGUCGAGGCCGAGAGCACGGACGAGGAGGGUGACGAUGAUGGUCACCAUGGAGGAGGACACGGACUCUUAGGACUCGGACACGGGAAGAAACAUGACCAGAAACAGGCUCCCCAUGCCGAACCCCAACCCCAAGCCGGAGGACCCCAAAGCCAAGCCGGCGAAGCACCCAUCUCCGCGCCCCACCGCCUCGGCCGACGCAUGAAGGACGCCCUGACGGGCACGACCCACGAGCAGCGCAACCAGCAGCGCGACAAGCGCGCCCAGCGGGAGCGCGACCUGUACCAGCAGCACCGGAUCUACAGGCGCGGGCUCGAGGCGGCCCUGCGCACGGGCCAGCCGCAGCUGCUGGGCGAGGACGACGCCGGCCAGGAGGUCUACCUGCUGCCGCCCAACAAAUCGUACCAGGGCGUCGAGAACGUGAAGCGGCUGAGCCCGAGCGUGCUGGAGUAUACCUUUACCAGCGGGUGGGAUCAGCGAGGAGGAGGUGGUGGUGGGAGACCGGCGCGGUUUGUGACGCCGGAUGACGGGGGCUAUGGUGGUGGGCUCGGUGGUGGACUAGGAGGACGUGGGCUCGGAGGUGGGUAUCCUGGGGGCCUUUAUGGAGGAAGAUAUGGGAGGCCGUAUGCGCCGUAUGGACGGCCUUAUGGAAUGGGAUAUGGCGGUGGCAUGGGAUUUCCGAUGAUGGCACCCAUGUUCGGUGGCAUGAUGCUGGGUGGACUUCUUUUCUGA